AGGCGGCAGCCUUCAAAAUGAACGCCUCGUCGAUUCAAGAUAUUCUCCAGGGUGCUGAGGUUCUCGUGGCGAAAAUUCAUGCAGAUCAGGAUCUCCCACGAGUGGUUCGGAACAUUCCCCAGCUGCUUGCCGAGGGUGAACAGCUGCGGAACCGUGUUUCGGAGGACGCCCCAAGCCGCGAACAAGCGGAUGUCCACGCCUCCAUCCUUCUCGGCUCUCGAGGAGUCGAUCUACCCAAACUUUCUCAGCGAGUCGAAGGUCUGCCCUCCUCGAUCGCUUUCGGUCCUCUGGAAACUAUUCAGCCAACCGAUAUUGAGGGUUUCCUGAAGAACGAACGACAGACCAGCCUACUCGCCGUCAUUGCGGAUACCGCGAAAACGACUCAAGAGGAAGUCGACACCUUCGUAAUUCAAGCCCAGAAAGAAAGAUGGGAGAGCGAGAAACGGAAAAUCGUCGCCUGUCUCGAGCACUGUGCCGAUACCACUGCUGAGCAGCGACAGCAGAGCUUCAUUGACACAUUGAAUUUCACAUUGAACAAUUCCACCAGCUACAGACCCCGGGACGCUUCUCUCCUAUCUGUGUCCGGAGCCCCAGUCAGAGCCCGACUCUCCCCCGAAGAACUCCAGUACUCAAAAGCUCUCACAGAUCACAACACCGCCCUGAUUUCGGGAAGCCUAGAUUCAUUGGCGAUCGUGAAGAACAUGUCGCAUGUGGCCGAGCAGCUGGAGUUGCGGGACGUCGCUUCGCUCUGGCAGUUGCUGCAAUCUAUGCAGAAACGAUAUAAUUCCGAUGACGACGACAGACUCGCGCUUGUCGUGGGUGCGAGACGGUUCCUCGAAACGAAACACUUGACCGACCUCCGCGCCACCGUUCAUGGCAACUUGAACAAAGCUUUCCUUGGAGGCGCUCCUGGUGUUGCUCAUCUGAUUCGCGCUUACCUCAACGUAAAACCCGUCCCGCCAACUCAUCCGGGAGAGCCCAUGGUCGAUGGACAUCCCGCGUGGGCCAUGAUCUACCACGCGCUCCGGUGUGGCGAUUUCGCAUGCGCUCGAGAAAUCGCAAUGAAGUCGUCGAUGUUCGAUUUGGCUGGAAAGUUCGAGGAGUGCCAACGAGACUCUCAUCACCGGUUGAGUGAUGACAGCGUCAAAGCGCUUCGUCUCAAAUUUGCCCGCGAUCUUAGCGGGGGAGCGUCGAAUCCUUAUCAACGUGUAGUGUUCGGCGUUCUUGCUGGGUGUGAGGUUCCAAUGGACCGUAGUGCUGUAGCAUCGGAAAUCGAAGAUUAUCUCUGGAUAAAACUCUGUCAAGUUAUCUCGUCGACCGCAAUGCCGCGCGACAGCAACACGAUCACGCUGCGGGAGCUUCAGAGCCUCCUCUCCGAGGAAUACGGUGAAGCGUAUUUCGAUGCUUACCAAAGGCCAAUCCAGUAUGCGUAUGUCCUGCUUCUGUCAGCCCAGUUCGAACUCGCCAUCGAAUUUUUAUACCGGUUCGACCCGCACAAGUGUCAUGCCGUCCAUAUUGCCGUUGCCUUGAGCCAGCUCGGAUUGAUAAAGCACGCCAAGAAUGGACAAGAUCCUCUCCUUGUGAAAGACGAUUCGGGAUCAUAUCUCAAUUUCCCUCGCCUCAUCACUUCUUACACUCUUCGUUUCGAGCACGAUGAGCCGGAACUCGCUCUCGAAUACUAUUUCACCUUGAAGGACAAAUACGAAUCCGUCUGGAUUCAGUGCGUCAAAGAACUCGUCUUAGACACCAAAGAGUUCACUAAACUGCUCGGCAAGCGGAAUGCCGACGGUGGCAUCCAGAGAGGCGCGUUGGACAAAUUCGUCCAGGAUCGGAGGGAAAUCGUGACGAUUGUUGCGGAAGCGGCUGAGGCCCGAGGUCUCAACGAAGAGGCUGUCGGACUGUACGAUCUCGGUGGACAGAAAGAUAGAUGUGUGGAACUUCUCACGAAACUCCUGGCGUUGCAGGUGACACAGGCUGGCCCGGAAGGCAGUAAACGUAGCCAACUGCAGAAAAUGGCGACCCAGCUCGCCACAUUUCAAUCAACCCCCUGUUUGCUCUUAUUGAUCGAUCUCAUGACUUUCUACGAUUUCUACUAUUUGGAGAAGAAUGAAGAGGCUCUGGACCUCCUCCGUAGACUUCGGAUAGUCCCGCUCUCUACGGACGAGGUCGACACCAUGGUGGAUACGUUCUGCGGUUUCAGUGAGCAAGUCCGUCGGGUUAUUCCCGACGUCCUCGUCACUGUCAUGAACAUACUCACCGAACAGUACAAGACCAUCAGACGUCCUAAGACGACAGCUCUGAGUCUGAUUCCACUUUUAGGAGGGGGCUCGGAGAAGAAACUUGAACUCAUAAAAUCUCAAGCGAAUGCCAUCAUCAAAUACGCCGGAAUGGUCCCUUACCGGCUACCAGCGGCCGUCAACGCCAAAUUGGUGCGGGCGGAAGCGAGCAUGGCGUGAAGCUCCCAGGAUGAUGGAGACUGUUUGUAUGGAUUCGAAGAGUCGAUAGCGUCCUCUGGUCUUAGAAGAAUGAAUCAAUAAAUGUCAGUUGUCUCCGACCCGCUACGGAACCUCGUCAGCGUGUUAGUUUUAGAGUACCGAGGAACCUGUACCAUAAAACUGAGACCCCUCCCAUUGAGUUAGAGAUCCUUUCCGGCGAAAAGGCUCAUAGCCGCUGUUGAUCUGUCGAUCUGAGCGUUGAGACAUGAAUAAAUGAAAAUUUAU